AUGAGUCAAGGUGGACACCUCAACCAACUUCAAAAUCUCGAGUCCUCACAGAUGAAAAGACAAUGUCCAGUGAAGAAAAACCCCGCCCAGGACAUGAUAGACAGCCAACCAGUAAAUGUCAUGGCACCGGAGGCACCUAAAUGCAAACCAAGGGCAAGACCAAUCAAGGCAACAUCAGGCAACAGAAAUGCAAAACCAGGGAAAUCAAGCAAUGAGAAGACUGAACAGCAUCUUUCAAGCUCCAGCUUACCACAGGAUGAAAGUGAUAGUGAGGAGGUGGACCAGGAUGUUGAUGUUGAUAAUGUGGAGGUAGACCAGGAUGAUGGUGACAGUUCUGUUGACAACCCCAACCAGGAUCAUGAUACCUCGAAAGAUAGCAGCAAUGAUGAAACCACUCGUGCAUGCUUACGAGUCACCGACAGCUCAUGUAAUGCCCAAGAUGUCCUCCAAGACCAUCAUGCAAAGAACUGUCACCCUCAUAUACCUGACCUGGUUGAGCUCGAGACUUUGCAUCAACGUGCUACUACUCAAGAUUCAGCUCAAUCUUCUUCUGAAGAGGAGGUUGUAGUACCACGCAAGAGAACACGGACAGCCAAAGCAACUGUGCAGAACAUUCACUUCUAUCCUCCUUCUUGGAAGGACGUACUAGAGGCCACAAAGAAGAAAUCGUGCCUAGGCUUGCUCACUAGCACAGCGUUGAAGUGCAGCAAUUUUCUCCAAAUCAAGGGUAUUGAAUAUCUCUUAGAAACACUUGAAGACUUUGGAUCCCAAGGUGUUGGUGUUGACGACGGAUACUGGGAUGAAUACAAGUCCAAUAUGGCAGUCCUGCUAUGGGACGAUCGCGCUACUAUGCAUUCCAAAAUGAAAAAGGUUGCAUGUCCAAUUGUUCUAGUGCAUUAUGAAAUUCUUCCACCCAAUGUUGACGACAAGAAUGACUAUGAGCAGGAGGGCAGGACCAAUAAUCUUGCAAAUGAGGCCCUGGGCAGCUUUUGUAUGUCCUAUUUUUACAAGGGCAAGAAUGCACUCGCGAAGACAUUUCCAGACUUGUUCGCUGAUGCUGUCCCCAAAGGUGCCAUCGCACUUGUGGCAACUGCGCUUGCUGCUGCUAUCGACAAGUACAAGACCAGUACCUACAAGCAAAUGAAAUUCAUGGCCAAUUUAUAUCAACCAAUCUAUGACAAUGUCAUAAAGCUCUAUGGUGAUGUGCAGAAGGACCGCUAUGAUGCAAAGAAAUGCCGGGCCACCCAAAAGAAAUGGGCUUGUACUGCAGGAAUCCUGACUUGCAAUGAUCCAAACAGGCACUAUGAUUGGGGCUUGAAGCCCAGCCAGAACCCACAACAGGCUCAGCCACACUCAGACAGCCCGCUUAGGAAACCUGGCUGA